AUGGAAUAUGACUCGGUUCACAGUGCCAUUAAGCGAAAGCUCAAAAACAGGGAAAUUCAUCUUCCGAGUGAUUAUGUGUCUGUAACUAAAGAAGCUCGCAUUAAAGAGCAAUAUGAGGUAGUUGAAGUUGACUACAGUUUCUUUAAAAAUUAUGCAGAUUCUUCUACUUUUUUAUAUAAAAGUAUUAGACCAGGAUAUAAAGCUGGUGAUCCUGUUGUAACAGACCUGCGUGCCAUGAAAUACAAACCAAAUGGUGACAUCCUCAUAAAACUAAACUUUGAUGAGGAUUGGAUGGCUUUGCCUCAAAGACGGUACAAAAUUGAUACUACAUAA